AAAACAAUAAGUGAUUUAGAGCUUGAUAAAAUACAUAAAGAUUUCUUUGCAUGUGAUAAAAAAUCUACAAAUUUUGAUAGUAAGUGUAAUGUAUUCGAUGAAAAGAGUAAAAAUAAUCCACAUGCCAAAAAACUUUGUAGUAGUCUCGUAUAUUAUUUAGAAAAAAUACGUGAAAUGAAUACGCAACAAAAAUCUAAUAAAUAUUGUGGUUAUUUACCUUAUUGGUUAUAUGAUAAAAUUGGUAAAAUUCAUAACCCAUCGAGGACCAAAAUUGAUAAAGUACCUUUUUAUGAAGAAUUUAAUAAGGCAGGGAAUGCGAUUAGCGGUGGGAAAUUAAAACAUCCUUGUGUUGUACGAGCAUUAAAAAAUGUUGAUUUGAAUGAAUUAAAAAAUAGGAAAUUUUCGUAUAUUUAUUUUAAAAAUUUUGGAAGUAUUUACAAUAUUAAUACCUCCAAAAAUGAAGAUGGCUUCGCUAAGUAUUUAACGUAUCGUGAGAGUUUUAAUCCAUUAUAUGAAGCAUAUAAGAAGACCCUUUGUUAUUAUAUUCUUUUUCCACGUACUGGUCCUGAUUAUUUUCCUUGUAGCUAUAAAUAUGAUCUAAAGAAUCUCAUGUCUGGGUUAAAAAAUUGUAAAGAGGGAAAAGAUCCAUAUCCAAAAGCUCCAGUUGCUGUUACAUCGAGAACUGUUAGAAGCGGAACAGGAGCUGCAGCUGGAGAAACAGGUGCAAGAGGUUCACCCGGUUCAGCAGGCACAGGAGGCACUGUACGUACAACGAGUACUACAGCUGUGUCAAUCCAAGCAGGAGCAACAAGUUUAGCCGGUGCAUCACAACCAAGAGCAGGAAUAUUAACUAUGCGUAGUGGAGGGACACCUCAAUUAGCUCAGAGACCACCUGGGUGUGCCGAUCUCACACAUGUUACUGGAGAUACGCUUUCUGCACUGCCUGGAGUGGUCACCCCUCCCUCUGGUUUUUCUGAGAGAGCAUCUGAAAUGUUGAAAUCGAAUUCCUUUCGCCAUACCCUUGUGGGGGGUGCAAUAAUUUGUGGGCUUGUCUUCCUUUUCUUUUUCUUCAAAGUAAGAACAAAUUGGUUUAAAAAUAUGUGA